AUGCGUGAAGUUAUCAGUAUACAUGCUGGCCAAGGUGGUGUGCAAAUCGGAAAUGCCUGCUGGGAGCUCUAUUGUCUGGAACAUGGAAUUCAACCUGAUGGACAAAUGCCAAGCGAUAAAACGAUCGGAGGUGGCGAUGACUCCUUUCAGACUUUCUUCAGCGAAACUGACGAAGUCAGAACUGGAACAUAUCGACAGCUGUUCCAUCCAGAGCAACUCAUCAGUGGAAAAGAGGAUGCUGCAAAUAACUAUGCCCGUGGUCACUAUACAGUCGGCAAAGAAAUAGUCGAUCUGGUCUUGGAUAGGAUCCGAAAACUUGCCGAUCAGUGCACUGGCAUGCAAGGCUUCAUCAUCUUCCACUCCUUUGGUGGAGGAACCGGCUCCGGUUUUACCUCACUCAUGAUGGAACGUCUCAGUGUGGACUACGGAAAGAAGUCUAAACUGGAGUUUGCAAUCUAUCCAGCACCACAAAUCUCAACCGCCGUUGUCGAACCUUACAACUCCAUCCUUUGCACCCACGCUACAUUGGAACAUUCAGACUGUGCUUUCAUGAUCGACAAUGAAGCCAUCUACGACGUCUGUAGACGAAACUUGGAUAUCGAGCGGCCAACGUACACAAAUCUCAAUCGACUCAUCGCCCAGAUCGUCAGCUCCAUCACCGCCUCACUACGCUUCGAUGGCGCUCUCAAUGUCGAUCUCAUUGAAUUUCAAACCAACCUCGUGCCCUACCCCCGCAUCCACUUUCCGCUCUCUACCUACGCGCCCACAGUAUCCGCAGAAAAGGCCUACCAUGAACAGCUGACCAUCUCCGAACUCACAAACGCCUGCUUCGAGCCCGCCAAUCAGAUGGUCAAGUGCGAUCCACGACAUGGCAAAUAUAUGGCUUGUUGCAUGCUCUACAGAGGCGACGUCACGCCUAAGGACGUGAAUGCAUCCAUCGCCACAAUCAAAUCUAAGCGGACCAUCCAGUUCGUUGACUGGUGUCCAACCGGCUUCAAGGUCGGCAUCAACUACCAACCGCCCACCGUUGUACCCGGUGGCGACUUAGCGAAAGUACAGCGAGCACUCUGCAUGAUCAGCAACACGACAGCCAUCGCCGAAGCCUGGGCUCGACUAGAUCAUAAGUUUGAUUUGAUGUAUGCCAAACGAUGUUUCGUCCACUGGUACGUCGGCGAGGGAAUGGAGGAGGGUGAAUUCUCCGAAGCACGAGAGGAUAUUGCCGCCCUUGAGAAGGAUUAUGAGGAAGUUGGUGCCGACACCGUGGAAGCCGAGGGCGAAGAGGAGGGUGAAGAAUACUAA